AUGGUAGAUAGAGGAUGCUGGGACUAUGCAAAACUCAUUGAUCUUUUUCUUGAUUUUGAUGUAAAGGAUAUUUUAUUUAUCCCAUUGUGUGAAGAUCUUCUAGCCGAUUCCCAUGUAAGUCGGGGCCCUAUGUCGUUCGAGCUUCGAAGUGGUUAUUAUCUGAUAAUGGAGCAUGGUUUGCAUAGGCAACAGAGUUCUCUUGUUCUUCGAGCAGUCGUUCCAAUGUGGAUGGGGAUUAUUUCAUGUGGAACCUAUCUCUUCUUGGCAAAACUAAGAUUUUUGCGUGGAAGCUUCUUCUUAAUAUUCUGCCUGUUCAAGUUAAUCUCAUUCAGAGGAAAAUCCCAGUUGAGAAUGAAUGUUUCUUUUGUGGUGAUUAUCAAGAAUCGCUAG